AUGAUGGAUGCCGAAGAUGGAACCGUGCCCUUGGACGAAACGUUCACCGAGAUAGUCGAGCAUUGCGGACGCACUUACCAACAUUACUCCCUAACGAACGUAUCGAAAUCGUCUGCAGGAGGUAACGAGUUUCGCCAGGAUGAAGUUUCGCGCCUUGAGUUGAUGCACGGAGUUCUGAGCGGCCUCUUCGACGAACGCCUCAUAUUCCCUCCGAUCAGGUCUCCAAAGAGAGUGCUUGACUGUGGCUGUGGCACUGGAGAUUGGGCGAUGGAAGUCGCUACACAAUAUCCUGAUUCCGAGGUCCUGGGCAUCGAUGUGAGCCCGCAUAUGAUACCAGAAAACCCUCCAGACAACAUGGAGCUCCAGGUUGACGACUUGAACGGAAGAUUCACCUUUGAGUCUAACCACUUUGAUCUCGUCCACAGCCAAAUGGUAGCAGGAGGGAUCCAUGCCAAUCGAUGGAGAAGUUAUGUUCGAGAUAUUUUCCGUGUCCUGAAGCCUGGCGGUUGGUGUCAGAUGGUCGAAAUAUACUUCAAUGCCCAAUCCGAUAAUGGCACACUAACACCAGGUGAGUAG